GGGGUCGGGGGGGGGGGCGCGUCCAAGUGAAUUUUCCGAAUGAGACUGCACAAGCGACUGAAGGAUCCCAGAAACAAUCUCACAAGCAAGCUGCCGAAUAGUGACGGUCUCGCGGCGUAUGAUUUGCCGCGAGCGUGCCCGGUGGUAUUCAGAAGACGUACAAGUCCGGUCGUCCCCAAUCGUGAUUUGGACAGCACAGACACUUUGGUCAAGAGAUUGUUGGUCGAGUGGUCGAUUGCUGUUUUCUACGCCGGCAUGCUUGAAGUUCCCAAUAUUAGAAUAGAUUCAACUGCGUUUAGAUGA